GGGGCGCCUGCCAAAGGACUGUCAUCUAAGCUUUCCAUAUUCUCCCUGAUUUGACGGCUGAGCAGAAACACUUGUUGGAAAGAGAGAGAGACGUGGAAAGCAGAGUGAAAAAAAAGCUCAACUCAAAUUACACCUUACGGCUGGGUUGCAGAGGAAUCAUUGGUCGGAGAUGGGAGCGGAGACUUGACGGGGAUGUUCCGCUGGGGGUCCCACAAUGGGGAAAGAAAAAGUCUAUGUUUCCAAAAGGUCUUAAAGAGUGGCGGCUUCUGCCCGGCGGGUUGCAUUGAAGAUGUUGGCUCUGCGAGUAUUCUACGCCAGUCUGCUGUGCUCCCUAACUCAGGGCUACUUCACAGGGCCCCUGCACCCGGAGAUGUCCAAUGGUACUUUUCACCAUUACUUCGUGCCGGACGGUGACUACGAAGAGAACGACGACCCCGAAAAGUGCCAGAUGCUUUUCCGCGUCUCGGACGACCGACGUUGCGGGAUGGAAGCCGACCUACAGACCUUCCUCAAGCAGGAGAUCCUCAUCAUCCAGCGGCAAGUGGAGGACGCGGCCAGGGUGCUGGACGGAGUCGGCAGAAGCAUCGCCCAUGACCUGGACGGCGAGGACAGCUACGGCAAUUACCUGCGCCGGGAGACCAGCCAGAUCGGGGAGGCGUUCUCGCACUCGGACCGCUCUCUGGUUGAGCUGGAGCUGAAGUUCCGCCAGAGCCAAGAAAGCGAGCUGAGGGAAGUGAACAAGAUCAACGACGAGGUGCUGCACAUGUUGUACCACACCAGGCAGAUUCUGAGGGAGACGCUGGAGAUCUCGUCGGGCUUGAGCGAUAAGCACGAACUCCUUACCCUGAUCAUCAGAAGUCACGGUACAAGGCUCAGCAGACUGAAGAACGAUUUCAUGAAGAGCUGAGAUCUGACUGAGCCACGCUGGGCCGACGUCCCAUGUCUCCCCGACCCUCCUGACCCCGAGCAUAAUAACAUGCCAUUUACUUCUGCAGCAUAUUUAUCAAAUUCGAUUGGUGUAAUGUGAGAUUUGGGCAACGUGUGUCCAUAGCCUCCCCCCACUGCUCACUUUCUAUUGAAUAUAAACUAACAUUGCUUUCUGACAUCGAUAACCGUGACCCAGCUUUCUAAUCAAAGGCAGGAUUUUGCCUCGUUGUUACCCUGUAGAUUUUACAGUUUGUCAACCGUUUACUGUUGUACAUGUUCUCGGUUCUUUAAAUACAUACUGAUCUCUUUCGCCUCAAAUACCGCAGGCAGGUACAAAGUAUUUUAAUACGAGACAGAGAGAAAGAGAGAGAAUGAAAAUUUCGCCGUGAUAGAAGAACCCAGCGCUCGGGGUUGAGGGUUGUGGGGGUGAGUCAGUCGGUGCAGAUGUCUAUUGUUUGAAGUGUGUAUAAGUAGGCCUUUUUUUGCAGUCUGGAACCCUAAUUCAAUUGGCCGGGAGUAAGGGAGGGAGAAAGUCUAAAACGGAUGAACAAAUCGAAAAAAACCCCGGGCACUGAGUCUGAGUAACAGCGCUCUUUUACCUCCCACCGUUGGAACACACGGGUCAUAUCCAGCAACUACAUGCCCCAUUGCUCGAUUACGGCAAGCUGACAGCUUUUUGAUUGAUGAGUUCCCUUUAAAGUCUGGAUUUGGCACCAGUUUCCGUCCAAGUGGUUAAAAAAAAAUGCCCCGAUUCCAGUUAAUAAGUUUACUUUCUGAAUGUGUCUUGUGGUUUGCUGUUUUGAAGUGAGCUACAGGAAUUAUUUUUAUAAAACUUAUUUUUUUCUCUCUCGCGCGGACUCCGUGUUAAACCACCAGCUGCUGAAUAAGCAUUUGAAAGCGUGUAUUGUCUGGAGUGGUUGUGAAGGCGGAAUUGAGCAGUUACAUACUGAAAGCAGAGAUAUUGACACGCUGUGGCUGGAGCAGUGAUUGAGCCCUCCUCCGGGGUGACCCAGAUUGUGGGGGCCUGUUGCGCUGGUGGGGGGUGGGAGGCGGUGGUGUGAUGAGGAUCGGCACAACGUGGACGGAAUUUGCCAAGCCUUCAGUAUCCAUUCUACAGACGGUCUACAAUCCAAAAAAAUUACACCUUACAAUUUAACCCUGAAUUAGAGCGGAAAUAACGUUUCUUUUGCGCAACAAUUUGGGUUUUAUUUGACGAUUAGCUCAUGAUGCCCCUUCUGAUUUGCCCUUAUCUGGAUCUAUCCUUCUUCCACACCAGUAUAGCUCGGGUUCUUUUUCUUUGAAACACAGUCUAGAUGCAAAAAUGGAGGCUAAACCAUAAAUUCUGAGCAAGUGUCAGCGAACCCAAAACGUUAACUCUGAUUUCUCUUCACAGAUAACUGCCAGACCUGAUGAGCUUUUCCAGCAAUCUAUUUGUGUUGCUAAACCAUAAAUUCAGUUUGGAGUUGUUAAGAUGGGUUUUAAUUAAAAGUCUUCCCUUUAGAA